ACUCUUCUUCUCAGCAAGAUCAUGGUUAGCAUGGCGCAGGGAAGCGAUGUACAAAUUCCCCGUCCAACUUGGGAACCUUUCGUUUCUCGAAUGGAAUGAAAUUCAUGACUAUGAUCAAAAUCAAUCGAUUAGCCCACUAUACCGAACUCCAUCCCCCUCCCAUCUUCGUGUAUGAAGUGAACCGACAUGCUCGCCGUGUGGAUAUCUCGCAUGUAAAGCCCGAACAGCUAGGAAAUGUAGCGAGUGUGUGCAUCCAUCAAUCUUCUUCCUUUCGUAUUUCUCGACCGCGCACGCAUGACUUGCUCAGCAGCAGCAGUCGAAGCAGUCCAAACAGCACUCGCACGUCUCACCGCACAGCCAACAACAACACAGUGUCGCCAAACAAGCAGCCAGACAACCGCGAUCCUUCUUCUCCUCCUGCGGCGGCGGCGGGGGGCCUUGCUGGUAAUACAUCUGCUGCGGCGGCGGCGGCGGCUGGGCGUAGUAACCCUGGUUUGGCUGCUGGUAUGACAUUUUCUGUGCGUUGUCUGUUUCGAGAACGGGUGUCGUUGUAUUAAGCUCUCGUGGCUGAGGGCGUAUGGCUGGUGGGUUGAGGCGUAGAGAGUGGCAGGUACGAAGCUGUGGCAGGAGCUGUGGCAGGAGCUGUGGCAGGUGGUGUGGCAGAGGGAAGGGUCUAUAAGGCCGUGC